CCGUUCAGCUCUCCCUGCCCCUCCCUGCCCGUUCUCGACCUGACCCCCCCUCUCGUGGGCGGUCUUUGUUUCCUGGCGGCGCCGACUGGGCGACCGGCGACGCCCGUCGGCACGUCUUCGCCUCGCCGGUGACGAGCACCCACCAGGAUAAUGGCUCAUCGUGGACACCUGGAUGGACUGAAUGCCCAAGCUCCAGGUCUGCUGCGCCAUGGUUCCUUCGCUGCAGGCAGCCUCUCUAAUCGCUCACCUUUGGACUCUUCAUCCACACUGGAGAUGCUGGAGAACAAGCUUGCUAUGCAGACUGCAGAGGUAGAAAAGCUUAUCAGGGAGAAUCAACGGUUAGCAAAAAGCCAUGUGGUCUUGAGGCAGGACAUUGUUGAUACAGAGAAAGAGAUGCAAUUGAUUCGCACCCACCUAGGUGAAGUUCAGACAGAGACUGAUUUACAGAUUAGAGAUUUAUUGGAGAGAAUCAGAUUGAUGGAGGCAGACAUACAAAGUGGUGAUACAGUGAAAAAGGAGCUUCACCAAGUGCAUAUGGAGGCAAAGAGACUUAUUGCUGAAAGGCAGAUGUUAAACCUUGAGAUAGAGAAUGCGAAUAACGAAUUACAGAAACUCUCUGCCUCAGGUGACAAUAAAAGCCUUACUGAAUUGCUUGCUGAGCUAGAUGGGCUACGGAAAGAGCAUCAUAGUCUACGAACUCAAUUUGAAUUUGAGAAGAAUACAAACGUCAAGCAAGUUGAGCAGAUGCGGACAAUGGAGAUGAACCUGAUAACCAUGACUAAACAGGCUGAGAAGUUACGUGCUGAUGUGGCAAAUGCUGAAAGGCGGGCACAGGCAGCUGCAGCUCAAGCAGCAGCACAGGCGGCAGGUGCGCAGGUGGCAGCUUCACAGCCUGGGACAGCACAGGCUACAGCAGUGUCAGCAGCAGCCCCAAACCCAUAUGCAAGUGCAUAUGCCAAUUACCCCACAGCAUAUCAGCAGGGAACCCAGCCAGGGGAAUAUCAGCAGGGAACCCAGGCUGGGGCAUAUCAGCAAGCAACCCAGGCUGGAGCAUAUCAGCAAGGAACCCAGCCUGCGGCAUAUCAGCAGGGAACCCAGGCUGGGGCAUACGCCUAUGCUUACAAUGCAACUGCUUACCAAAUGCAUGCUGCGCAAGCUAACACAUAUGCAGGUUACCCUGGCUAUCAAGUUCCGGGCUAUGCGCAAACUGCAGUGCCUAAUUACCCUGGUGCCUAUGCUGUGCCUCCGCAACAACCCAUAAGCAGUGGUGCGGCAACGGAUGUCGGGAACAUGUAUGGCGUGGUUGGUAGCACUGGAUAUCCUGCUGGGCAAGUUCAGCCGAGCAGUGGCACCGCAAAUGCAGCGCAAGCACCUCCACCUCCACCACCACCGGCAGCACCAUACCCGGGCACAUAUGACCCAGCAAGAGGAGCCCAGAGGUGAAAUCCGGGAUGUGAACCAGAUGACUGCUUGCCCUGAUGUAGAUUAACUCAUGGUUUUGUUAUGUAGAUGCAGUUGAAGAUAGGUUUAGCGACAAUGUCGAGGAGUCAGAUGUAUGCUGAAUUGUUGGUACUUUUGAGUUGAUAGCUGUAACUGUUGGUUAAGGAUGAUUCAGUCAGCAUGUGGCGUUGUCAAAUCUAAAAAAAAACGUGGCAUUCCUAUACUGUAUGCUUUGUUAUACCAUCAGUUUCUGUAAGUGUAGGUAUAUGGAUCUUGAUUCGUGUUUGCA